GUCGCAUAUUACUGAUGUCAUUACUCCUCUCACCAGAAAACGGCUCCGACACGUGUGGCGGUGGUUGUAAUUCGUUAUAAUCCAUGGCGGCCUCAUUUUCUGUUGAGCUUGAGCAUUUGUUGAAUCCUUUGCCUAAAUUUGCGGAUCCAGAGGAUGACGACGAUGAGUUGACCAAAGCCAAAGUGAUAGAAGGAUUCAAUGAGGACGGGGACGGGGUCGGCCUCAGCGCCUUGCGAAAGCACAACACAUCCUUACUCUCAGAUACGGACAAACGGUACGUGGGGAAGAAGAUCUCUCGUAAACAACUGCUGAUGGAUAUUGAGGCAUCUGGUGACGACGACGACGACGAUGAUGAUGAUGAGGAGGAGGCAAAGAGCAUAGAAGGGCUAGAAGAAGCAGAUAUUUUGGGGGAUGAGGGAGCUGAUGAUGAUGAUGAUGACGACGAAAACGACUUCGAGGAGGAGGAUGAGGAGGAGGAGGAGUUGGCAGGCAGUGAUGCUAAACUGGCGUCUAAGUCGAAGGUUCCAGACAUUACGCUUCCUCAGGGAGUGGACUUCCACAAACUGACCGAGGACAUGGAUGACUUGGGUGUGAGUGAAGAAGAUGAUGAUUAUGAUGAUGAUGGUGGCGACGACGACGACAACAGUGGCGAAGAGGAGAGCGACGGCAGCGAGGAAGAUGACAAAGACGCCAUGGAUGAAGUAACGGCCCGCACGUUUUGUCAAGAGAAAGUGGACAAGGAGGUGGAGAAAGGAAAAGCUGUGAAGGACCAGCUGGCCCUGUGGGACCAACUGCUCGAGGGGCGCAUCAAAAUCCAGAAAGCUCUGGUAACCGCCAACCAGCUUCCACAGACGCAGACCUUCCCAGAGUUCAAGAGGAGGGGGGGAGCGGAACUUGCUGGGGAGCUGAAGAACACCCACAAAGCUCUGAAAGCCCUUCAAAGGUCCCUGCUGGAGCUCCACGACCAGCUGCUCUACCAGAACGCAGACACCAGGGCCAUCGCCCUGGGGACGCCAGAAGCUCCGGGUGAAGAUGAGGAGAUAAUCAGCGACGAGAAUGAGGAUCAAGAGGCGCCCCCGCACAUGGGUGGAGCGCCCAAACGAAAACUGGAGACGGCGGAAUAUCCGGACUUCAUGGCCAAGCGUUUUGCCGCGUUCCAGCCUUACCGUAACGCCACGCUGCAGAAGUGGCACGACAAAACCCGACUGAUCAUGGGCAAAAGCAGCAAGGGCUUCGGCGCGUUCGACAGAAACAUCUUGACCCAGGUGGAGCAGGUGCUGAUGGACAACGAGAGGCUGGUGCGGCGCACGCAGACCCGACGCUCCGAGUACAGAGUCCUGGGGCAAAAACAGGACGCCGCUCUCACCCGUGAAAGCGUUCCCGGCGAGGGCGAGGAGCCGCCGCCGCAGCUCAAAGCGAACACGCAUCUGAACGACCUGGACGAGGAGAUAUUCGACGACGACGAUUUCUACCACCAGCUGCUGAGAGACCUGAUCGAGCGCAAGACGAGCGCGUCGGACCCCAAUGACCAGGUCGCCAUGGGCAGGCAGUGGCUCGCCAUACAGAAGCUGCGCAGCAAGAUCAAAAAGAAGGUGGAUACCAAAGCCAGCAAGGGGCGUAAAGUCCGAUUCGACAUCCACACCAAGCUGGUGAACUUCAUGGCUCCUAUUGACCACAGCUCUGUGAGUGACGAGGCCCGCAGCGAAAUGUACCGCGGCCUCUUCGGCCAGAACGCCGCUGUCCGGGAGUGACGCGCCGGAGGUAUUCACACCGAAGUGCCAGGAUGUAAACAAAGCAGAUACCUUUUUAUACAGAGUGGCAUGUUCACUGUCGUUUCCAAGGAAACAAAAUAUAAUUUUAUUCUCUUUUGAAGGUAGAGAACGGUUGUGAGGUAUUAUGCACGCCACUUGCAUACUGCUAUACAGUAUGCGGUAUACUGGUCUUUGUAGUAUGUUGUUUUUCCAGUCAGUAUAAAUCAGUUUGAAUGGUAGAAUACCUGUAUUGUAAAACUUCUGAUUCAGAAUGUCUUCAGAGAGACAGUGAAAAUAUUUUCUGUUACCUUAUUCUUUGAUACGUUUUACAAUAAAUCCAUAAUGAAAAAAUAAAUAAAACACGUUCCAGUUGUC